AGAUAGCAGCUGCGAUUGAGGAAGAGCGAGCCAGCGCCCGGAGUAAGCGGAGCUCCCCCAAGAGCCGGAAAGACCAAGCGGAGCAGCCAGCUGGCAGUAGCGCCCUGUAGGACCCCCAGGACCUGAUGGGAAGAAAAAAUCCCAGGAAAAUAAAAACAAAGGAAGCAAAAUCCAAGACGUACAACUGAAGACAAGUGAGCCAGAUUUCACCUCUGCAAAUAUGAGAGAUUCGGUAGAAGGUCCUAAAGAAGAGGAAGAGAAGCCUUUGGCCUCGGCACUUGAGCAGCCGGCCAUCCUCCAGGAAGUGGCCAGUCAGGAGGUGCCUCCAGAACUAGCAACCCCUGCCCAUGCCUGGGAGCCACAGCCAGAACCAGACGAGCGAUUAGAAGCAGCAGAUUGUGAGGUGAACGAUUUGGGGGAAGAGGAGGAGGAAGAGGAGGAGGAUGAAGAAGAAGAAGAGGAGGAAGAAGAGGAAGAAGAAGAAGAAGAAGAUGAUGAGUUGGAAGAAGAGGGGGAAGAAGCAGCCAGCAUGCCAAAUGAAAGUUCUGUGAAAGAGCCAGAAAUACGGUGUGAUGAGAAGCUGGAAGAUUUAUUAGAGGAACCAAAAACGAUUUCAGAAGAGACUCUUGAAGACUCCUCAGAGGUAACAUCUGCCAGGCAAAUCCCCAGAAGUAAAGAAGAGGCCAAUGGUGAUGUAUUUGAAGCGUUUAUGUUCCCGUGUCAGCAUUGUGAAAGGAAGUUUACAACCAAACAAGGGCUUGAGCGUCACAUGCAUAUCCAUAUAUCCACGGUCAAUCAUGCUUUCAAAUGCAAGUACUGUGGGAAAGCCUUUGGCACGCAGAUUAACCGGCGGCGGCACGAGCGGCGCCACGAAGCGGGGUUAAAGCGGAAACCCAGCCUAACACUACAGCAGUCAGAGGACCUGGCUGAUGGCAAAGCACCUGGAGAAAACGUUGCUUCAAAAGAUGAGUCGAGUCCUCCCAAUCUUGGGCAAGACUGUCUGAUCAUCAAUUCAGAGAAACCUUCCCAAGACACAGUAAAUUCUUCUGUUGUAGAAGAGAAUGGGGAAGUUAAAGAACUUCAUCCAUGCAAAUAUUGUAAAAAGGUUUUUGGAACUCACACUAAUAUGAGACGGCAUCAGCGUAGAGUUCACGAACGCCAUCUGAUUCCCAAAGGUGUGCGGCGAAAAGGAAACCUUGAAGAGCCCCAGCCUCCAGCAGAACAGGCCCAGGCCACUCAGAACGUCUAUGUACCAAGCACAGAGCCCGAGGAGGAAGGCGAAGCAGAUGACGUGUACAUCAUGGACAUUUCUAGCAAUAUCUCUGAAAACUUAAAUUACUAUAUUGAUGGUAAAAUUCAAACUAAUAACAGCACUAGUAACUGUGAUGUGAUUGAGAUGGAGUCCACCUCUGCAGAUUUGUAUGGUAUAAAUUGUCUGCUCACUCCAGUUACAGUGGAAAUUACUCAAAAUAUAAAGACCACACAGGUCUCUGUAACAGAAGAUCUUCCUAAAGAACCUGCAGGCAGCACAAAUAAUGAGGCCAAGAAGCGGAGAACCGCGAGUCCGCCUGCACUGCCCAAAAUUAAGGCUGAAACAGAUUCUGACCCCAUGGCCCCCUCCUGCUCCUUGAGUCUUCCUCUUAGCAUAUCAACAACGGAGGCAGUGUCUUUCCAUAAAGAGAAAAGUGUUUAUUUGUCAUCAAAGCUCAAGCAGCUUCUUCAAACUCAAGAUAAACUAACUCCUCCUGCGGGGAUUUCAGCAACUGAAAUAGCUAAAUUAGGUCCUGUUUGUGUGUCUGCUCCUGCAUCAAUGUUGCCUGUGACCUCCUGUAGGUUUAAGAGGCGGACCAGCUCUCCUCCCAGUUCCCCACAGCACAGCCCUGCCCUUCGUGACUUUGGAAAGCCAAGUGAUGGGAAAGCAGUGUGGACCGAUGCAGUUCUGACUUCCAAAAAAUCCAAAUUAGAAAGUCAUACUGACUCACCAGCAUGGAGUUUGUCUGGGAGAGAUGAGAGAGAAAGCGUGAGCCCUCCAUGCUUUGAUGAAUAUAAAAUGUCUAAAGAGUGGACAGCCAGUUCUGCUUUUAGCAGUGUGUGCAACCAGCAGCCAUUGGAUUUAUCCAGUGGUGUCAAACAGAAGGCUGAGGGUACAGGCAAGACUCCGGUCCAGUGGGAAUCUGUCUUAGAUCUCAGUGUGCAUAAAAAGCCUUGUAGUGAUUCUGAAGGCAAGGAAUUCAAAGAAAAUCAUACAGUGCAGCCUACUUGUAGUGCUGUAAAGAAAAAGAAACCAACCACUUGCAUGCUACAGAAGGUUCUUCUCAAUGAAUAUAAUGGCAUCGAUUUACCUGUAGAAAACCCUGCAGAUGUGACUAGGAGCCCAAGUCCCUGUAAAUCCCUAGAAGCUCAGCCAGAUCCUGACCUUGGUCCAGACUCUGGUUUCCCUGCCCCUACUGUUGAGUCCCCACCUGAUGUUUGUCCUUCAUCACCUGCCCUGCAGACACCUUCACUUUCUUCUGGUCGGCUGCCUCCUCUCUUGAUUCCCACAGAUCCCUCCUCCCCUCCACCCUGUCCCCCGGUAUUAACUGUUGCCACUCCACCCCCUCCCCUCCUUCCUACUGUACCUCUUCCAGCCCCCUCUUCCAGCACAUCUCCACAUCCAUGCCCCUCUCCACUCUCAAAUGCCACCGCACAGUCCCCACUUCCAAUUCUGUCCCCAACAGUGUCCCCCUCUCCCUCCCCCAUUCCUCCCGUGGAGCCUCUGACGUCUGCUGCCUCACCCGGGCCUCCAACGCUUUCUUCUUCCUCCUCUUCAUCUUCCUCCUCCUCUUCGUUCUCUUCUUCAUCUUCCUCCUCUUCUCCUUCUCCACCUCCUCUCUCCGCGAUAUCAUCUGUUGUUUCCUCUGGUGAUAAUCUGGAGGCUUCUCUCCCCAUGAUGUCUUUCAAACAGGAGGAAUUGGAGAAUGAAGGUCUGAAACCCAGGGAAGAGCCCCAGUCUGCUGCUGAACAGGGUGUUGUUGUUCAGGAAACAUUCAACAAAAACUUUGUUUGCAAUGUCUGUGAAUCACCUUUUCUUUCCAUUAAAGAUCUAACCAAACAUUUAUCUAUUCAUGCUGAAGAAUGGCCCUUCAAAUGUGAAUUUUGUGUGCAGCUUUUUAAGGAUAAAACGGAUUUGUCAGAACAUCGCUUUUUGCUUCACGGAGUUGGGAAUAUCUUUGUGUGUUCUGUUUGUAAAAAAGAAUUUGCUUUCUUGUGCAAUUUGCAGCAGCACCAGCGAGAUCUCCACCCAGAUAAGGUGUGCACACAUCAUGAGUUUGAAAGUGGGACUUUGAGGCCCCAAAACUUUACAGACCCCAGCAAGGCCCAUGUAGAGCAUAUGCAGAGCUUGCCAGAAGAUCCUUUAGAAACUUCUAAAGAGGAAGAGGAGUUAAACGAUUCCUCCGAAGAGCUUUACACAACUAUAAAAAUAAUGGCUUCUGGAAUAAAGACGAAAGAUCCAGAUGUUCGACUGGGCCUCAAUCAGCAUUACCCAAGCUUUAAACCACCUCCAUUUCAGUACCAUCACCGAAACCCCAUGGGGAUUGGUGUGACGGCCACAAAUUUCACUACACACAAUAUUCCACAGACUUUUACUACUGCCAUCCGCUGCACAAAGUGUGGAAAAGGUGUCGACAACAUGCCUGAGCUGCACAAACAUAUCCUGGCGUGUGCUUCUGCAAGUGACAAGAAGAGGUAUACACCUAAGAAAAAUCCGGUACCGUUAAAACAAACUGUGCAACCCAAAAAUGGCGUGGUGGUUUUAGAUAACUCUGGGAAAAACGCCUUCCGACGAAUGGGACAGCCCAAAAGGCUAAACUUCAGUGUUGAGCUCAGCAAAAUGUCGUCGAAUAAACUCAAAUUAAAUGCAUUGAAGAAAAAAAAUCAGCUCGUACAGAAAGCAAUCCUUCAGAAAAACAAAUCUGCAAAGCAGAAGGCUGACCUGAAAAAUGCUUGUGAGUCAUCCUCUCACAUCUGCCCCUACUGUAAUCGAGAGUUCACUUACAUCGGAAGCCUGAAUAAGCACGCUGCUUUCAGCUGUCCCAAAAAACCCCUUUCUCCUCCCAAAAAAAAAGUUUCUCAUUCAUCGAAGAAAGGUGGACACUCGUCACCUGCAGGUAGUGACAAAAACAACAGCAACCACCGCAGACGGACAGCGGAUGCGGAGAUUAAAAUGCAAAGCAUGCAGACUCCUUUGGGCAAGACCAGAGCCCGCAGCUCAGGCCCCGCCCAAGUCCCGCUCCCCUCCUCAUCCUUCAGGUCCAAGCAGAAUGUCAAGUUUGCAGCUUCGGUGAAAUCCAAAAAACCGAGCUCCUCCUCUUUAAGGAACUCCAGCCCGAUAAGAAUGGCCAAAAUAACUCAUGUCGAGGGGAAAAAACCCAAAGCUGUGGCCAAGAAUCAUUCUGCUCAGCUUUCCAGCAAAACAUCGCGGAGCCUGCACGUGAGGGUACAGAAAAGCAAAGCUGUUUUACAAAGCAAAUCGGCUUUGGCGAGUAAGAAAAGAACAGAUCGGUUCAAUAUAAAAUCUAGAGAGCGGAGUGGGGGGCCAGUCACCCGAAGCCUUCAGCUGGCAGCUGCUGCUGACACGAGUGAGAGCAAGAGAGAGGACGGUAGCACCAAGCAGGAGCUGAAGGACUUCAGGAACUUCCUGUAGAAAAGCCCCCAAAACAAAACAAACCUUAAUUGACUAAAAGGUAUUGCAUGCUCAACUUAGGAUAAGCACUACGGCAAAGGAUACGAAAUCUACCAAGCUUGCAAGACCAGUUGAAGCUGACUCAAAAAUCCUAACAUACAACUGAUUGCCGGCAGGCUUAGAGUCAGGCAUCUGCUGCUUCGGUGGGGCCCAACGCGCAUGCUGGGCUCCCGGGUGAUUGAGAUCCAAAGAGAAGGGCACUGUAAGACAGGCCAGAUGAACUGGCGCCUCGUCACGGGACUGGUACCUCAGAUCUGAGCGUGGCCCUUAUUUUUGGCAUGUAGCAGAGAAAGGAAUGAUUUGAACUUAACCUUGCAAAGCAAGUUCUCUGUUUUAGCAGUAGUUUGUUGUAGGUUUCAGGGAUGACAAAUUUGGAUGCACUCAUUUAAAACGUUUUGGUCACAUAUCAUCAGCUCUUGAUGCCUUUCUUUAAAAUUAACUGUAGACAGAGAGAGGCAUUUAGCUGAUCUCUUACCCUGGUUAUUUUUUGGGUUUUUUUGUUUUUUUUUAAUCACAAGUAGAUUGCCAGUGUAAUGGAGAGGAAACCAGUUUGGAUACGGACUCUUUUUUAUGCCUAUUCUGGUGUUGUGUUUGUAUGUCCAAAUGGACAUUAUCCUCUCAGAUUCUUAUCUGGCACUAAUUUAUAACUAUUAUCAGAGACUGUGUAGCAAUAUAUCGAUGCACAGGUGCAUCCCAGGCCUGCGUAGAUGUAUGUCUGCAUGUAAGUAUAAAUGAAUUUGCAUACCAGGUUUUACACUUCCAUCUCUGAUAGAGAUUAAAAACAAAUUGGCCUCUUCUUUAAGUAUAUUAAUAACAUUUCUCCUUGCAUUUUUAUGCCUCCCUCUAAAUUAAUGACUGAGUUGGUGGAAAACGGCUAGGUUUUAUUCAUACUGUUUUUUGUUCUCAACUUCAAAAGUAAUCUACCUCUUAAAAAUGUGUAGUUUAAUAUUUGUUUGGUGAAUUUGUGCCACUUUAAUCCUUCCACUAUCAUUCCCAUUUUGUUACAUUUCUGUUAUGGGGACUUUAUGUUGAAAUAUUGUAUAAAGCAUUUGUAGCAGUUUAAAAAUAAAAUAUUUAAAAUUAUUUAAAUUGUUUUGGACGCUUCAAUUGUAUUAUAUGUGAUUUACAUUUCACUUUUUUUGUUGGCGUUGUUAACCCAGAGAGUGCUCCUGUACUGAAGUUUGCUGUUAGUUAUUUUAUUGCUUCUUUUUGGAGAGUGCUAUAAAAGACUAUUCUAAUGAAACAUUAAAAUUUACAAUUUGACAUACAAAAAA